AUGGUCUUUCUAGCAGAGGCCCCAGUUGACCAGAUUUCUGAAACCAGGCCCCAUAACACUGAACUGCAACAGAGAACUAGCUCAAGACGCUCCACCGGACAAGCAAGUAUCGAGGACGUUGAGAUUGGCCUGACCGAUCCAUUUACCUGUCAACUGAAGGCCCCGAUUGAUCAGCAUCCCGAAAGCAACCCUCUAGUCUCGUGUAUGCUAUGGGUGUUCAAAGCGAGCGGUCGCCUUGUGGAAGCGGACGAAUCGACCUUUGCUCUGACGUCAAGCUCUACUCCAGUGCCCGCCGCUCUAGUGAAUGCCUUUUACAGGCCUCCUUCUGCUAUAAAGAAGACCCUCAAGACCUCCCAACAGACAACCAACCAGUCCCAGGACCGGCUCCCGGACGGCGACCUGGCUGAGAUGGAAAGUGUCUACCGGAAAAAGACCAAGGGCCUUCCAAGCCUCCAAAUAUCAGCACAUUCCCGACCCCCCAUGUCUCCCACAUCUCCACUGACAACCUCUCCACCCCCAACACCGCCAUCCUCAGCCUCCUCUAUUCAGAUUUCAAAGAUUUUCUUUCCACAACUGAAGGAGAAAGUUCUCUCUGCCAUCAACGCCCGCAAUAAUGGGUACGCUGCUACCACUGCCCUAAUUACAUACCGGGAAGAUCACGACACUGGCGCAGAAAAAGACGCCAACCAUCUGGAAAACCUUCAAGAACCUGCAACUCGACGAUGA